AUUCUGCUGCACUAGUGCUCAAAAUGAACAAGUCCUUGCUCUUUUGGCUCUCUUUGUGCCCUUGUCUCAUCAUAUGCAGUUUGGUGCUAGAGGUACCAGCUAUAAUUCUCUUUCCAUUCUCUCCAAGGCUCAGUAGAAAGUAUACUGGACUCAUUGUCUCACGUUCGUGGUUUGGAUUGAUGGCAUGUGUAUUAGAUCAAGUUUGUAGAGUCAAGUUUGUAAUAUAUGGCGACUUCAACCGUGUGCCUUCUAAGCAUACGCCCUCAGUUAUAAUAUCCAAUCAUGGGUCCUUGUUUGAUCUCCAUAGCUUUAUCAGGGGCUUCAUUCACAUUGGUAGUACUUAUUUAUCCAUUCCACUUACAACGGAAAGAUUUCGACAUACUCAUGUUUAUGUUGGCUGGCUGAAACAAAUGCACCAUUUUAUUUUCAUUAAACGAGACUGGAAUAAGGAUCUAGUCCACAUUAAUAAAAUGAUACAUUAUCUGCUUGCAACAGGUCCUCCAAUUCACGUGAUUAUUUAUCCCGAGGGUAACGUGCUGACAAAAGCUAGUAAAAAGGCUGAUAUGGAAUAUGCACAAAGCAAAGGUCUGAUACCACAUAAGUAUCUGCUUCAUCCAAGAGUAAAAGGGUUUGCUGCAUGUGUACAAGCUUGUAGGUCUGGACACAAUGGAAAAGCUGAUGUCUAUGAAAUGACAAUUGGCUAUAAAGGAAACCCUGGACAAUGUGCAUAUGCUGGUCCUUUUGGAGGAGUGCAACUUCCAACAGGUGACCUGCCAAAAGAAAUUCAUAUUCACAUGAAGUAUCAUCCAUCAUCAAGUCUGCCUUCAUCAGAUGAAGAGUUAGGUGAAUGGUUAAAGAAGAGAUGGCGUGAAAAAGAUGAACUACUGAAGCAGUUUUAUGAAACCAGUUCUUUCCCUGGCCCAGUUUUGAGAGAGACAUUUAAAUUUAGACAAUGGAUGAAACUAUUAAUAGGAAUUUGGAUAAUGUCAGGUGCAGCUUUUGUCUAUUGCUGGAUACAAGUCCCACUGCUGAUGGCUGUCAUAAUGGGAACAACAGCUCUCAUUCAUUAUAUUGUUGAUAAGUGGUUUGAUGGGUGGGAUAGGCUGGCAUUGAAGAGAUGGGAAGAUUCAAAGGAGCAUGCAAAAUAA